ACAAACAGACAAUAAAAUGGUGGGGGAAUGUCUCGGCUUUUGUUCUGCCUGCUGAUUUCAACUCCAUGCAGGCUUCACGUGCCAGCUCAUCUCCUCGGGCUUAUACAGAGAGUGUUGGGACAAGGGAUUUAAUUACAGCCUUGUAAUGCUGGAGGGUGUAAGAAGCAAUGUCUGUGUUCUUUUCUGUGUUUGUGCAGCAACCAGCCCGCACAGAUCACAUCUCCAGCUGCAGUGCUGGGCACAUCACUGCUGCUCUUACUGAACAUGGAAGUUUCUUGGGCAACAGCAAGAUGUAACCACUGGCCAUUGCUUAAGUAUUACAGCAUUUGGAGUGUCUAUGUCGCAUUCAAAUCAAAAUGCCACUGGUGUGUAACAGCUUGAGAGCUCCUGGCCUCUGCCCGCAAAGCUGCACCACUUCAUGGUGCUGAGACAAACACCCUGGCUUCCCCAAAACAAGAGAUCUGAUCCAAGCAACCUGGUCCAGGAGUAUUGUCCCAAGUUUCCUCACAGGACACACACCAUGUCAUUUGUCUCAAGAGCAGAAAUGCUUCCUGUGUCUGGAGAAGUACACGAGGAGAGAGGUCUUGAGGGAGUUGAAGUGCUAAGGAGCAAACUUCUGGAAUGUUCUGCACAUGAAAACACUCCAUGAAUCAGUUAUAAAUGACACUGACUUUUCAUCCAUCUGUCCAUCCAUCCAUCCAUCCAUCCAUCUGGAGCCUUCCUAAUUGCAAAAUCUGGCCUGCUCCCUAUCCUGUCUCACAUGGGAGGUGAUACUGAUGAGCAGAAAAAAGGUUACACGAGGAAGCACCCGUUCUUCGGUGCUGUCGUGGGCCGUGUUGCCAACAGGAUUGCAAACGGGAGGUUCAGCCUGGACGGGAAAGAGUAUCAGCUGUUCCUCAAUAAUGGGCCCAACAGCCUGCAUGGAGGAGCCAAGGGAUUUGACAAGGUUCUCUGGAGCGCCCAGGUGCUCCCAAAUGGUGUCCGCUUCUUCCGGCUCAGCCCCGAUGGCGAGGAAGGCUACCCUGGUGACCUGAAGGUCUGGGUGACCUACACCCUUAGUGGCAGGGAGCUGGCCAUCAACUACCAGGCCCAGAGCAGCAAGACGACCCCCAUCAGCCUGACAAACCACACGUACUUCAACCUGGCGGGGCAGGGCUCCCGGGAUGUCUAUGACCACGAGAUCUCCAUUGAAGCAGAUUCCUACCUGCCUGUGGACGACACCCAGAUCCCUACUGGGGAGGUGGCCGCUGUGCAGGGCACUGGCUUUGAUCUCCGGCAGCCUGUGGAGCUGGGCAAGCACUUGCAGAAGUUUCACCUGGAUGGCUUUGACCACAACUUCUGCCUGCAUCAGGGGCAGGAUCGACGCCUUGUGGCCAGGGUUUUCCACCCGCCCUCUGGCAGGAUCAUGGAGGUUCACACCACCCAGCCUGGCAUCCAGUUUUACACUGGGAACAACUUGGAUGGCUCCCUGAAGGGCAAAGGUGCUGCCACGUACCCCAGGCACUCGGCUUUCUGCCUGGAAACCCAGAACUGGCCCGAUGCCGUUAACAAGCCUCACUUCCCCAAUGUCCUGCUCCAUCCGGGUGAGGAAUACAACCACAGCACGUGGCUCGUGUUCAGCACUGCUUGAGGAGAAGGGCUGCUGACUCCCAGCACUGAGAGGGGACUUGCACUUCGUUGAGGGCUUCCUGAUGGUGAACGGCUGAAAGGAAAACAAUCCACAAUUAACAUUUCAGUAAUUGCUCGGGAAUCACAAAUACAGGAAAAGCAACAAGAGUAUGCCAGACUCUGGCUCUCUUUAAGCACUUUUAAAAUAAAAUAACCAAUCACUAUUGACAAAAGUUAACAAGUUGAUGAUCUAGAGAUAACACUUUUUUUCUUUACUGUUAUUUUUAAAAUGAGACCACUGUAAGGCCAUUUAAAGGGUAUUACUUUCAGCGACCUCUGAAGGGGCAUGAUACUUCUUCACUGCUCUGAUACGGCAGCUUGUCAAAACCUGUCAUGGCAAUCACCCAGCAUUUAUGAGUAUUCUUUGAUGCUCUUGUGAUUGACAUUAAACUUGUAAAAAUCAUCUAUUAAAGAAUUCUAAUUAGAGAAAAAA